AAAAGUAUUUUGUCGAAAUUUACCCUCCCUCUAAUUGUUUAUAAGUUUAAUAAAAAUUAAACAUGAAAGUAACUAAAUUAAUCAUACCUUUAUUAGGUUUAAUCUCAAUAAACAAUGUUGAACCCGUGCCCAUGAAACAAUCAUGUUUUUUCACGCCAUGUGGAGAUAUGACUUGUAGUGGACCGGGUUUUUUUGGUUGUGCUAUAAAUUUAUGUGUAAUUCUCCCGGAUUUUAUGCAUAGAACGAAUGCUAUCUGUUGCAACGAUGUUGAAGAAUGUAAGAAAAUUAGAUAUCCAAGCAAAAAAGUGAACGGUGUAAAUGAAGGCCCUAUUAGUAACGAUUUUCAGAUUCCUAUUGACACCAGCGAUACCGUUGCUAUGCUUGAUCGAUUGAGUUAUUAUGCCUCAGACUGCUUUUAAGGAUCGCUGGCAAAGAAUCGAUAAAACUUAGUUCAUUUAAAAAAAUUUGAUAAAGUGUUAGUAGGAUAGAAAAAUCGUAUUUAUUUUCUUGCAACUUUGUAAUUGCUUUUUACGAUAUAUUUCUAUUAUUAUAACA